UUUUCACACAUUCAUGGUCUGCGCUCCUCGUGACAGUGUCGCGUGUUUGAAACACAGCCUGCCUGCGGCUUCAAAUAUAUAACUAGUUAGUGUUCGUUGUUAUUUCUUGUGUUUAGUUGCAUUCAACAAUCAACAUUUGACUGUCACAUGUUCCGGUCAUGUGACCUGUGUCAACACGGCGGUUCAUCAUGGCGGCGGCUUCGUCGGUUUUCCACAGAGUCAGAACUGGCUCUAAAAUAGGUGCCCAAUAUGACCAAGAAGGAAACCUGAUUCAGGUGGAAACCCGAGAGGAUGAGGAGCAGAGCGUCAAGCUGGCGGAGAUCCUGGAGCUCCUGCUGGCAGCUGGAUACUUCCGGGCACGGAUUAAAGGCUUGUCCCCUUUCGAUAAGGUGGUAGGUGGUAUGACCUGGUGCAUCACCACUUGUAACUUUGACAUUGAUGUGGAUCUUCUUUUCCAAGAAAACUCAACAAUUGGCCAGAAAAUAUCCCUGACGGAGAAAAUUGUGUCGGUGCUACCAAAGAUGAAGUGUCCUCAUUGCCUGGAGCCACAUCAAAUCCAAGGACUGGAUUUUAUCCACAUCUUUCCAGUAAUACAGUGGUUGGUGAAGCGAGCCAUUGAGACGCGGGAAGAGAUGGGCGACUCUGUGAGAGCGUACUCCAUCUGUCAGUUCCAGAAGAGCCACAGCCUGCCAGAGGAUGAGGAGUUCCUUCAGAGGAAAGACAAGGCUGUGAGUGCAGUUCUGAAAGUAUUGGAAGUGUACAAACCUCAGAGGAAGUACAGGCGGCAGAGGGAUGCAGGGGAGCUGCAGGAGGAGGAGUCCAGAGUCCACUCCACUCUGCUGGAAUACGGAAGGCGGUAUGGAUUCAGCAAACAGUCCAAACAAGACAUGGUGGAUGACAGGAAGGCCCCGCUGGCCCCUGGCUCUCAGGCAGCCCCCUCCGGGAUGGCAGAGGUGUCCGAGGAAGAGGACCUGCAGGCAGCAGAGGAGAUACGGAUCAACACCCUGAUGACCAGCAUGGCUGCCAUGGCUAAUGAAGAAGGGAAGCUAACAGCGAGUGCGGUGGGUCAGAUAGUGGGAAUGCAGUCUGAGGAGAUCAAACAGAUGGCCUCCGAGUACGCAGAGAAGCAGUCGGAGCUGACGUCAGAGGAGCGCUCGGAGUGCUACGGCCCGCUGCAGCAGCACCGCCGGGCCGUGGCCUCGCUCAACAAACAGAUCCAGCACCGGACCAAACAACUGGAGGAGCUGAAAGCCAAGCAUGCAGAGGUGAAAACAGGCUGUGACGAUGCCAAGAGAAAUCUGGUUGAGGCUACAGAGUGCUCUGAGAAACUGGACAGAGAGCUGAAGAGUUUGGCUGAGCUGGAGGAGCAGGCUGACAGCAGCUCUCUGGAGAAGCUCAGGGCUUUGGUGACGAUGAAUGAGAACCUGAAGCAGCAGGAGCAGGAGUUCCGCACACACUGCAGAGAAGAGAUGGCCCGUCUACAGCAGAACAUAGAAGACUUGAAGAUGGCAUCAGGACAGGACACAGACGAGGAGAAGUUUGCACUCUAUCCCCUCCUCUGUGUCUUUUCUCAGGAGAGGAACCAGCUGAUAGACAAACAGUACAACACAGACAGAGAGAAACUACAGAAGAUCCGUCUGCUCAUGGCUCGCAGGAACCGUGAGAUCGCCAUCCUGCAGAGGAACAUCGAUGAGGUGCCGAGCCGGGCGGAGCUCACCCAGUACCAGAAGAGGUUCAUCGAACUCUACAGCCAGGUUUCUGCAACACAUAAAGAGACUAAGCAGUUCUUCACACUGUACAACACGCUGGACGACAAGAAGGUUUAUCUGGAGAAGGAGGUGAAUCUGCUGAAUUCUAUUCACGACAACUUCCACCAGGCCAUGUCGUCUUCAGCAGCCAAGGAGCAGUUCCUCCGACAGAUGGAGCAAAUAGUGGAGGGAAUCAAACAGAACCGCAUCAAGAUGGAGAAGAAGAAGCAGGAAAACAAAAUGAGGAGAGAUCAGCUGAACGACGAGUACCUGGAGCUGCUGGACAAGCAGAGGCUUUACUUCAAAACAGUCAAGGACUUUAAAGAGGAGUGUCGGAAGAACGAGAUGCUGCUGUCCAAACUCCGAGCGAAAGGGGCUUCUUAGAGCUUGUUCCACUGGUUCUAAACCCAAACGUGUAAUCUACAUGACAUAAAUACUAAUGUUCUGUCAGCCCCUGCUGAUUGAAGACAGCAUACUAUCAGAAGUCUCCCGUCACAUGAUGAAUCUGUGAAGGAAACAUCCUGUGUAGCACCUCCAAUCUUGAUCACACCAACGUCCUUUUAUACAAAUCUGAAGUGUUGCAGCAUCAUCAGAGAUAUCUCCUGUUUUACUUGACACAUUCUUCUUCCUUGUUAAAACCUGGUGCCUAUACAUUACCCACAGUGCAACUUGGCCGCCAACUUGAAUGCCUGAAGUGCUCCUGAAUGCCUGUGAACACACUGAUGUGUCAAAUUGGUGCAGUUCUCCUUUAACAGAUGCAGUUACCCUGUUGUUAAUGAAUUGUUGAUGUAACAUUUUCAAAUGUAAUGUUUCCUGAUACAAACUCAAUAUUUGAAUUCAUGAACUACAAUCUUGCCCAGUGUAAUACUCUCAAAGGUUUUGCUGUUGUAGCGCUUGGUGCUGGUAUGAUGGUGGCUAACGUUACCCAACCUAAAUAAAAAGAAAACAGAAGUUCCACUGUAAGAAAAUAACAAAUGUAUAUUAAAAUAUUCAUUACAACCUUAA